UAACCACGAAUUUGUAAGAUAGAUUUUAAGAUAACCAACAUAUUCAAAUGAUUGGGUGAUAAUGUACUUCUGAGCUGAUUUGCAAUCAACCCUGAGUGUGAAAAUAAGCGUUCACACGGUGUUGAUGUUGCAACCACACUUAAGUAUUUUAUAGCUACAGUCGACAAAUAAGGGUAAUCAGAUUCGAGCGAUUUCCAAGUUACAAUCAGGUUAGGAUUAGUUUUCCAGUCUACUGUAGAUCGAUUAAUAAACUGCAUAAGUUCGAUAGGCAGACCGCCUGCUUCAUCUGCUUCAUCACUGUCAGCGACUUGAAUGUUGUGUUGCACAGCGUCGUCUAAAAAAUCCCACAGAUCAUUACUACCUGAAGAUGGUUGAUGAUCUGUAAGAUUAUUUUCGCAGGUAAUCACAAGAGUUUUCGAUGACUUAAUUUCUUUUUUCAAAAUUUCACCUAUACAGACAAGAUUUCAAUACCAUAUUAAAAUCAUAUACAAAUGAAAAUAAAAAUUUUCUCAAAUAUUUGAAUUGAACGCAAUCCGAUUGAAUGCGAACGCACAGAGAGCGCUAAAUUUAAAAUAUUUUCAUAAUGAAAUAUAAAAUUACUUUGGGCCAUUUUUUAUUUAAUAUAUGGGGAUCCGUUUUUGUCAAACUCGGCCCAGGGGGCAGCAGCAUAGAUCAUUUUUUGUCGCGCAAAUAUUUGAAGUUAAUAAUAGUGACUGUUAUGUGCUUACAAAAAAAAUGGAUAAAGAAAACAAAUAUUUUACCUGGAAUGUUGAACAAUUAAAGCAAGAAUUAAAAAGACGUGGACUUCGUACCACAGGUAAAAAAAAAAAUUUACAAGAACGGUUAAUUUUUGCGGAUGAGAAUAAAGGUUUUUUCCAAUUACAUCAACAAGAUCCUGAUGCAGUAUUCUGGACACCAGACAAUACGCAUUAUAAAGAUAUUAAUGCCGCAACUAAAAUUCCUUUAAUAACCAAGGAACGAGUAGAACUUUUUUUGCAGAGGUAUGAUGUGCUGAAAAAUCUUGGCAAAGAAAUGUACGAAAAUCGAUAUCUUCUUCAUGCCAGGAUAGCACAAAGUAAUAGCUCAAUUUUCAUUCAAGGACAUUGUUUGGCCCAAAUGAAAAAAUCAGUACAGUAUAAAUGUGAUAUUCAAAUGUCCAAUACUGGUUUUAUUGAAGAGACUCAUUGCGAAUGUGCUGUAGGUGGUGGUGAUACAGCUCAUUGUAAACACGUCGCAGUACUUCUUUGGGCAAUGGAAGAAAUGGGUAGAGAUAAGAAAAUUACUUUGAGAACAGUUUGUACUCAAAAACUUCAAUCAUUUCAUAAGCCGGCAAAAUCUUUUUUUGGCUCGCCCAUCAAAGCUGAAUUGUUGCCAAAAAAAAAUCAAAAUCUUGAACCAUUUUCGGAUCCAGUCGUUUUAGAUCCAAGUAUUGUGAACAAACAAUUGUACUGCGAAAAGCAACGCAAUCGAGCAAUAAAUUUUGCUGCAACUAACCGAACAACGAUGCCAUUCCUUCGUCUGUUCGAACCAGCUAAUAUAUAUUGUGCAAUUUGGGACUAUGACUACACAAAUGUGAAUCCAGAAGAGCAGCUGUUAAAUAAAUUUAAACUACUGUCAAUAACCACUGAUGAUAUAAAAGAAAUUGAAGAAGAAACAAGAGAGCAAAGUCAAAGUAAAAGUUGGUUUAAAUAUCGUCAAAAUAGAAUCACAGCCAGUAAUUUUUAUAAAUGCUGCAUAAUUCGAGAUGAAGAAGCCCAAAUACAAUUUUCUAUUAGCUUGAUUAAUCAAGAACCGUUUAAAUCAAAGUCUACAGAUUGGGGUAAAGAAAAUGAAAGUAAAGCGCUGGAAAUCUACGAAUCCACUGGUGUUAAAAUAGAUAAAUGCGGACUAUUUAUAAGUCCAACUUACCCUUUUUUAGGAGCUUCUCCAGAUGGGCUCAUAGGAAAUGACACAGUAGUAGAAAUUAAGUGUUCUUAUUCCCUUAUACAGCAGAACUGA